AACUUAGAAUCAAUCGCUUCUUCUUUCAUUCAAAAACAAAAAAAAAAACUCGGCCGGAACAAACUUACUUUGCUCACCGUCUAGCCGGAGUUUCGACAAUUACAGAGAGAAGAAGAAGGAGAAUGAAUGAAUUGACGGAGGAGGGUAGGACUGUACUGAUUGAAGGAAUUGGUUUGAUACUUUGGCGAUGGACUGCUAUGCGAGCCGCCGUCGAAAACGGUUGGGGCGGCCGAGACUCUCAAGCGAAAGCUGAUGGCACCGUUUCCACUGUUUUCAACUUUUUCAUCCAAUCAAACGUAGAUCCAGCAAAGGACAUUGAAAAAUUAGGUGACAUUUUAGAUAAAGGUCUUGAUGAGCUUAAUACUACGGCUGAAGAUGGAAGCGUCGAUGAGGUGGCAAACACUCUAAUAGAUUUGUAUGAAGAUUGCUGUAACGAUAACUAUGAAAUGCUUGAGGAACUAAGGGCAACUAGAUCUCAGGCGAGUGCAAGUGUUGUCAAGGUUUCAAACGGUAACGACGAGGAUAGCGAUGAUGAAGAUGAGGACAACGAUCAAACCACAGACAUGAUGGUGGAUGCAUCUAACCAGAAACCAGAAGCCAUGCCGGUUGAUGAACCAGCUACCGAUGAUGGCUGGACGGUAAUUUCAUCGAGAAAAAACAAGGGAAAGAGGAAUUAACCGGUUUUGAUUCCCAAGAUGUUGUGUAAUUUUAACAGUUUUGUUUGGGCUGUUUUAUUUUGAUAAUAUUAAGAUAGUAUUGUGACUUAUGUACCGUCACUUUAUAAACUAAAAUCAGAAGAUUGAGUUUUCACAUAUAUUUAUAGAACAUGAAGAAGCAUCUAUUUUUAAGUUA